GCCUUUUUCUUUUAUUGACGGCAUGUAUAAUCACACGCACCUCAUAAAACAUUUAUUGAUACAUAAAGACAUUAUUGCCCUCCUUUGAAUGAACACAAUAAUUUCACAACUGCCUUUUCCGGCGUAGCUUUUAAAAAUUAAACCCAACCCAGAAAAUAUGUUUCCUCACCGAAUAUUAACAAUGGAUCCUCCGCGUUGUGAACGGAAAUGGCUUCUGUUCCUUUACAACAUGUUAUUACAUUUAUUUUACGAGGACUCUGUUAAGUCUAUAAACCAUUUUACAGGCAUUGGGGGCAUCGGGACGAUAUUAGAAGACUUUUUUUCAAACAAAGGAUGCAGGGAAUCUGUGUUUGUGCGUAAAAAUGUCCAUUUUUCUUCUGCUUGUAUUGUUGCAACGUCCUGAUACUUUUACGCACGUGAGAAGCAGGGGGGAAAAGUCUAUCUGCGUUUAUUUGAGAGCAUGUUUUCUCCCUGUAGUCACAUCCGAUGGUGCUUUUUAUUAUAUGUGGAAUGAAAAGCUAAAUUAAAGCUGACGAAAAAAAAAAAGGCUGAGAAGCAGGGGCAGGAUUGAUUUACUCGCUGUAUUGGUAAAUAUGACCACGUGAUCCAUGUAACCAAUCCCUGUAGAUGCAGGCCAAGCAAAAAUACUAUGAUUGUUCAUAGAGGGAAGCUUCUCGUAACAGUGCAAGCCUUAUUAUAAGAGUAGGAAGAGAUGAAAAAUGUCUUCCAGUGGCACUCUCAGUAACUGCUAUGUGGACGCCUUGAUGGCCCAGGAGCCGGAGGAUGUGUACGGAGCUCGCUUUCUUCAGCCUGCACACAUCGUGACCCCGAGGCCGUCAGGUGCCGGGGACAACGCGGACUUCUCCUCCUGCAAUUUUGCACCAAAAUCCGCCGUUUUCUCCUCGUCUUGGUCCUCGGUUCACCCGCAGGGGGUUUAUCACCCUUACGUGCACCACCAUCACCACCACCAGUCCCAUCUCCCCGCCUCGGACGGCAGAUAUGUCGGCGUCCGCUCCUGGAUGGACCCUAUCACCAACCACGUUUCAUUUCCCGGAAUUCACUCCAGCAGCAGCCGCUCGUACGGCACAAAGGCAGACGCUUUGGCACCGAAAUCCAUCGAGUUUGACUCUUUGGAGGCGGAAAGUCGACCGCAAAGUGGGGAAUUCACGCACCGAGGAGUAUCGGAGUGUGCGGAAAAGUCGAGCAAAGAGCACAGUGGAAGUGAGCUUUCGAGCCACAGCGAGUCCAAAGAGGAGAAACAACAACAACUUGACCCAAACAAUCCUGCAGCAAACUGGAUCCACGCCCGUUCCACGAGAAAGAAGCGCUGCCCUUACACCAAAUAUCAGACUUUAGAGCUGGAGAAGGAGUUCCUCUACAACAUGUAUCUGACCAGAGACCGACGCUACGAGGUGGCCCGCAUACUCAGCCUCACCGAGAGACAAGUGAAGAUCUGGUUUCAGAACAGGAGGAUGAAGAUGAAGAAGAUGAACAGAGAAAGAGGCAGCAAGGAGCACUUAUGAAGAAUAUCUCAAUCCAUUUGGACUAUUACCUUUUUUGAUAGGGGACACGGUCGCCCAUCUUAUUUUAUUUUAUUAGACUCUCCAUUAUUGCGUGUCAGCGUCAUAACUUGCUGGACAGUUUGCCAACAAACCAUAUGAAUCUGUUCUCUAACUUUGCAGAACCACACCCUGGGAUGUUGGAACAGUUUGUCAUAUUUGUUGAACAUUACGCACAGUAGGAAACGUGUUUCUGUGUAGCCUGUUGCUUUUUUUAGUUGUUGAGAAUUUUAUAUAAAACAUUCUA